AUGCUGCUGCACAUUCCACUUGUUUGCUAUGAUCUGGAUUGCAUCAGCAUUCUGUCCGAGGUUGUAGACGAGCUCGUGCUUGAAGUUGCAUCCGAGGUCGACGGUCAGGAGGGUCGGGGCGACGCAUUUGCAUUCGACCUGCUGGUGGCGGCGGUGGCCUUCAGCCAGGGAGAAUACGAGGUUGGCUCGCAGACCAGGGGCCCGCGCAUCGGCCGCAUGGCGAACGAGGCGGCCCUGGUGCUCAAGGCGGCCGUCAGCCAUGCAGGGCGCUCCGACAUUCUGAAGCAGCGCGGGGACGACGCGACACAGGGCGGCACUGUCCAGCGCUCCACUGCCGCUGGUCCAGUAAAGGACGGCGCUGCCGCCGGCCGACGCCGCCCGGGCGACCGCGACGACCGCGAGGACGCCCACCAGCUUCGGCGCAGCUUCCAGAAGGGCCCGUCGUCAUCCUCGUCCUCUGGCCCAAGCGCUGACAGGGGCCUCUACCUGUCAGGCCUCAAGGCGAUGCUGUCAGAGAUGCGCAUGCGGCGGCCGCCCGACACGCCGUUUGGGCACACGCAGCAGCUGCAGGCGCAGUUCAGUGCCGGCGCCAAGGUCGCAAAGGCCCAGCGCCUGGCCGUUGGCCGCGCGCGCGCGCCCCUGGCAGCCGCCCCCUCCGUCUGGGCUCGCCGCCACGAGGCCGUCUCCCGCCUCGACCACGCUCCCUGGCCGCACGCCGCGCACGCGGCCGCAGCCGCGACCGAGCGCACCUUCUGGUCGCGCCUCUCUCUGCGACCGAUGAUGCAGCCCGGGGGCGCCAAGGGCGCGGCCGCGGCGGCGUCAGGCGCGGCGCCGGUCCGCGGGCUCGAGUUGCCACGCGACCAUGGGCGCAGGCUGAUGGGCUAG